AAUCCCAUUACCCAUUAAUUAAACGCUCCCCGCGAUUUCUAAUCAUUCGAUUCCUUCCCUCCCUAUCCCGUCCCUCUCUCCCCUUUCCCUCCUCCCUUCUCCUUCAAGUCUCCACUUCUCUCUCUCUCUUCUUCCUCGGCGCUUUCGAGCGCGAAUUCGAUCGAUUUGGGUUUUGAUUCGAAGCUCAUGGAGAAGUACGAGCUGUUGAAGGACAUCGGCUCCGGCAACUUCGGCGUGGCGCGGCUGAUGCGGAACAAGGAGACGAAGGAGCUCGUCGCCAUGAAGUACAUCCCCAGGGGCCAAAAGAUCGAUGGGAAUGUGGCCAGGGAGAUCAUCAACCAGCGAUCGCUCCGCCACCCCAACAUCAUCCGCUUCAAGGAGGUGGUGCUCACGCCGACGCACCUCGCGAUCGUGAUGGAGUACGCCGCGGGCGGAGAGCUCUUCGAUCGGAUUUGCAACAACGGGAGAUUCAGCGAAGAUGAGGCGAGAUACUUCUUCCAGCAACUAAUUUCCGGAGUCAGCUAUUGCCAUUUUAUGCAAAUUUGUCACCGAGAUUUGAAGCUGGAGAACACUCUCCUCGACGGGAGCCCCGCGCCGCGCCUCAAAAUCUGCGACUUUGGCUACUCUAAGUCGUCGCUUCUUCACUCAAGACCGAAAUCGACGGUGGGAACGCCGGCGUAUAUCGCUCCCGAAGUGCUCUCCCGCCGCGAAUACGACGGCAAGCUUGCUGAUGUAUGGUCCUGCGGAGUAACUCUGUAUGUGAUGCUAGUUGGAGCUUAUCCUUUUGAAGACCCUGAUGACCCCAAGGAUUUUAGGAAGACAAUUGGGAGGAUAAUGUCGGUUCAGUACAAAAUACCCGACUAUGUUCACAUAUCCCAAGAUUGCAGGCAGCUGCUUUCCCGAAUCUUCGUCACAAACCCAGCCAGGAGGAUAACAAUAAGAGAAAUAAGGAACCACCCCUGGUUCUUGAAGAACUUGUCUAGAGAUCUCACAGAAGCUGCUCAGGCAGUUUACUACAAGAAGGACAAGAGUGCCCCCACCUACUCUCUACAAAGCGUGGACGAGAUUAUGAAGAUUGUUGAAGAGGCAAGAAUCCCUCUGCCAUCCUCCACUCCCGUGGCGGGGUUCGGAUGCGCUGAGGAGGAAGAGGCAGAUGAGGAAAAGCAAGGGAACCAGGAGAAGGGAGAGGAGGCAGAGGGGGAUGACGAAGACGAAUAUGAUAAGACAGUAAAGGAAGCCCACGCAAGUGGAGAAUACCAACUUAGUUGACGACGAUAUUGGUGCGAACUGUAAGGUGUAAGGAAGAAUCAAGAAUAGUUUAGUCUUUCAUUACUAGUGAUGGGUUUUCAUUUUUCUCAUUUUUCUGUGUUAAUUUUGAACACUUUGUAAAAUUAUUAACACAAAUAUAUUACUGUUUAAAGAUUACAUUGAA